CAUCAUUCCAUCUUGCCGAGUCCCCAGCCCGCUCCGGCGCGUACAUGUUUCACGUCUGCUCAUGACCCCGACCUCCCCCUCCGGCCCUGCCAGUGAAACAACGGCAAGAGGAGGAGGAAGAAGAAGAAAAAAUAGAAAAAAUAGACGACAGGCACGCCCGACGGCGGUGAGGCUGCUGGUGUAAUCGCUCAAGAGGAAUCCGCCGCCCGCAUCUUGGGAGGGGCCGCACCUGCCGUUUCCGGCCUUCACGUUCUCCAGUAUUGCGCUUCCAUUAUUGUUCUCGAAAUUCGCCCGCAGCUUGAAAUGAAGAUAAUGGGGAUCUAGCCCGCCUUUCCCCCCAGUGGACCGACCUGCUCUGACCCUUGUCAGGAAUACUAUCGCCUUGCCCGACCUUUAUUAGGCGCCUUUAUGUGCCUUUGCCGGCGUUACUCGUGCACCAAGCGACGGCGCCAGUCAAGAAUUGUGCUGUUGGCCGCCGUCGAGCCAGGAUUCCAACGGACCGCAUGAUCCGUGCUUGCUAAUUUCGGACCAGCCCUCACAACCUCAACCAAGCUCGGGCUACUGGCAAAUAUCCAGCCCUCUGACCAAGGGGACGAACAAGAAGCGUCUGGCUCUCGUACCUACCUAACCCACUGCCACCAACCUUUUACCCACCCGUCGGGCCCCCUGGCACCGUCCCUCUGGAGAUCGGCUGGCGCCCUGGGUUGGUCCACGAUAUUUUGGAGCUACAACUCUCCCUUACUUUCCUCCUGCCUGUGUUUUUCUUUUCGCCCUGGGUACGCGAACCACGACGACACACAUUCCAGCCAGACGACGAUCGGACGCCUCGUCCAAGACACGAGCCCGCGCCGUGCCACGAAACCCUCGCUGUACCUCCUAGACUUCGAAGCAGCGUCGCCUCCCUCCGAGGCACGCUGCCAGCCCGGGCUUCGUGAUGGAGCCUGGGCAAUACUACUACCCUGGGGACUCUCGGAUCCCUCAAAGCGCCCCGUUCCCUAUCCUGCAGAGCUCCCCGUUCCCGACAUGGCAGUCUUCGUUCGAGCUGAUGCAGCCUGCCAUGGCGCCUCCACUCGAUGAUGCCGGUAUGAUGAGCAAUGCCUACGCGAGCGGCAUGUCCGUCCCCCCAGUGGAGCAGCAGCAGCAACUACCACAACAGCAGCUUGCUUCCUCGACCGUACACCCAGAACCGAUGCCGUCGACACUGCAGUUGAUGGUACCACCGGGGGAAGCAUUACUUCCGACGGAGACACUUGACUCGGCACCACCGCCCGCGAUGCAGUCGGUCCUCGAACCGUCGCCCAUGCAAACAUUCGCUCCAGCACCCUUGCCCACGACGCAAUCGAUCCUGGAGGCCGAACCCACAGCACAAACUCUCGUUGGAAAUUCACCGCUCCAGAUGCAGUACGCUCUGGAACCAGUUCCAGAGCCAAGACCCGCUCAGCAGCCAUAUGCUUCAGAAUUAAUGCUCGCAGACCAGUCGUUUCCCGACGAGCCAGCAGUUGCCCAACAACCAUUGGCUUCAGGAUCGCCGCCCACAGGACCCACGAUACCCGAACCAGCACCCGCCCAGGAAGCGAUUUCCUCGGGAUUGGUGCUCCCGCAACAUUCGCUCUCCGAACCGGAGACCAUAGUGCAAACGCCUACGUCGGUGCUGCCGCCGGAGACGCCAGCGACCCCAGAAACAACACACGUGGCGCAACCGACAUCAGAAUCACCGACUAAUUCUGUUACCGAUGACACCCGGGAGCCAAGUACCCCGACAACCCGAGACUCGAUGGUGACAGUUCGACUGUCUGAGCCCGCGUCCGUUCAGGGUGGCGACACGUCCACCUUUGACGGCCGCCCGCAGCUCGCCCCUGUACGGAGGAGUCUGUUCACGAACGAGUACACGUACACGCCGACAAAAGCGAUGGCCGAAGUCCUCACCGAGGAGGUUAUCGUGGACGGGAGGGCAUCUGCCGUUGUGGGCGUUGAUGCGGGUGCUGGUGUUGGUGACGGAAAUGGCUUGCGAAGCUUGCAGGAGGAGCUCGAGGAUGGUGGUGGCGCUGACACGGACAGCAAAAUACAAGUCCCCGAAGCUGGGAAAGCAGGCGCUGGCAAGCGCCCGGGGAGCACGAGCUCACUUCUGCAGCAACAAGCGCCCCUGGGCACUGCAGCCACCCUUGGAGCUGCGCCGCUAGCGUCUGCUGAUGACCCGACUACGGUUGGACCUGCCGACGGCGCAGCGGUGGGCGCCGGCGACAGCUCGCCAACCUCUGAAAUAGACGAGCCUGUCGACUGGGACGGCCUCAAAAAAGAAGACGAGCAACUACGUGAGCAAGAAGCCGACAAUACUGCGUUGCUUCUUGCUCGGCUGGAGCAGGAAAACGCUAAACUGGCAACGAACCCAAAGACUGUCAAAGUCCAGCCGGCCGAGGCGCAGAGAUCACCGAGGAAGAAAUCACGACCGCCGUCCAUGGCCAUGCUUCGAGAUAUGGUUAACGGCCCUACACCCCCCGCGCUGCGGUACUCGAUGCUACCACCACCUCCAAUGACGGAUCUAGAAUUUUACGCGGCCUUGGUCCAGGACUAUGAGCAGACGGCGGCCCGCCUGCCGACGCUGCUGUCCAACAAGAUUCGCAAGGGCAUUCCGCCCCCCCUGCGCGGCGUCGUCUGGCAGAGCAUGUCGGGAGCCCGCGAUGCCGCGCUCGAGGAGGAGUUCGAGCGGCUCUCGGGGCAGUCCACCCCCUUCGCGGGCAUCAUCAGGAAGGACCUGGGCCGCAGCUUUCCGGGCGUCGAGAUGUUCCGCGACGCCGAGGGCGAGGGCCAGCGCAUGCUCGGCCGCGUGCUCAGGUGCUUCAGCGUCUACGACCCGGAGAUCGGCUACUGCCAAGGUCUCGCCUUCCUGGUUGGGCCCCUGCUGAUGCACAUGCCUGACAAGCAGGCAUUUUGCGUGCUAGUAAGAUUGAUGGAAAACUACGACCUGCGCAGUUGUUUCCUACCGGACCUUGCCGGGCUGCACGUGCGAAUCUACCAGUUCUCGCAGCUGCUGCGAGCCAGUCUGCCCGCUCUAUCGGCCCAUCUGGAUGGUUUGCAGGUGGACCCUGUCUACGUUUCACAGUGGUGGCUCUCCUGUUUCGCGGUGACGGCACCUCUGCCGAUGCUCUUCCGGAUGUACGACGUGCUGUUUGCCGAGGGCGUGUCGGAGACGCUGAUGCGGGUGGCCCUGUCGCUCAUGCGCAAGAACCAGGUCCGCCUGCUGGCGUGCAGCGAGCUGGAGGACGUGAUGCAGUUGCUGCUGUCACGCGCCUUCUGGGACUGCUACGGCUACAACGCCGACGAGUUUGUUAGCGACUUUGUCAGGCUCAGCGACGUGGUGGACCGCGAGAAGCUGGCGCAGCUGGAGCAGGCCUUCCACCGCGAGGCGCAAUUGGCCGCCACGGCUGGCGCCAACCCAAGUGGCGCGCGCCAAACGUCUGAUGUUACCACGUCAGCCUCCCGAUUUCUGGGCCGACUCGCGACCUCAAUCUCCAGCAGCUCCACUUUCUCCAGUAGGACCGUUAUGGCAUCGGGCACGGCCAAUUCCACACCGACCACCUUGCAACCUGCACCCUCAUCCAAACCAUCAACCGCGAUCGCGCAAACAACCAACACCGCCGCCCCCGACCCCGCCGCCACCAACAACCCCGACGCCAACACCCCCAGCGCCGCUGCAGCCACCUCUGCAGCCGCCAACCUCAGCCCCGGCCUGGUCGCCUCACCUCGCUCCACGAGCAUGCUUCGAAGAAGCGCCUCCAAACAGAGCAUCGCCUCGACCCUGAAUUCCAUGGAGGCGAACUCCACCUCGACUUCGUCCGCCGCCAGCGUUCUCAGCUCCGCAUCCACCGACGCCACCUCCCUCUCGCGCGACUCAGCCGCCUCUGACGCGCCUGUCGUCCGCCGCUCCGCCACCCACCCGGCGUCCUUUGGCAGCUCUGCCUCCCAGCUGCAAGGUCCCGCCAAGACUGGCAGCUCCGACGACGAGCGCUACCUCAACAGCCAGAUCGAGGAUCUCCUCACUGCCCUAAGCGACCUGCAGCGUCAACAGGCCCAGCUGGCCGACCAGCUGCAGCGCGAAAGAGAGGGGAGGGAGGAAGAUCGCCAGGCGGUACGGUCGCUGCUCACGGGGCUAAAGCAGGUUGACAUCCCCCCCUCAACACCACCCCCUGCAGACGUUCCUGAAGAUGGCGCUUCGGCCGCCGCCCCGCUUGCCGGCCUGUUCGUCAUCGUGGAGGAGAGGUUCGGGGUCAGCAAUAGCCAGGACGACAACCAGGAUGAUGAGAAGACCAAGAGCUUGUCAGCGUCGGAGACCAAGGCGCAACUGCGAGAACAGUUGGCGCGCGCCAAGGAGCAGUUGGCGCAAGAGAUUGCAAAGGGCCAAGAUAAAACCCGUCAGCAGGUCGACCUGGAGCAAGAAAUAUCGUCACUCAAGGAUCAGCUUCAGGACAGCCGUUCCCACGUGCGAAACAUGCACCAGGAUAAACAGCGCCUGGAGAAGCAGAUCCAUAAUAUGAGGGCGCGCGCCUCGGCUGCCGAGACGGCGGCUGCGACCACUGCCAACCCCACCCCCGAGGGCGGUAACACCGCCGCCGACUGGCUAAGCAGGGCAACGGGCGUAGGGGGAGCAAGCCCACCGGCCGCAAAGGGGGGGCUCCGCGAGUUGAAGCUCGGUCGCAGCAGGUCCACUCCAUCGCAGAUCUCAACCGGGUCAACAGGCAUGUCGAAGCGAGCUUCCACCAUGACGACUCACUCGCUCCUGCCUCCGGCCACUGCCGAGCCGACCAACGAGCAUGAAGCGCUCCUGCUCGAGCUGGUUCAGGCAAAGACGGCCGAGGCCAUGGCAAGGCAAGAGGCCGACGAGGCUAAGCAGAAGCUCGAAAGGCUGCGGAAGACGAUCGGCAUGACUCCAGAAUCGGCCUCGAACGGCCCCCCCACGUCCAACGCGGCCUCGACGGCAGCCUCGACGGCAGCCUCGGCGGCCAUGGGCAUGUUUGGUCGCUUCACCACGGCCGUUUCCGAGACGGCGGCCAACAAGACAGCCUCGGUGCCGCCCGCCGCCAACGCCGCCCCACAAACGGCCGUUGCUCCCCCGCCUGGCCCUGCUAGCGCGCCGGCGACAGCUGUCGGCGGCUUCUUUGGCUGGAGACGAGGCUAGAUCUCUCCAUGCCACAUACCCGUUGCCAGAGCUCCUGGCUGUUUGGACACACCCGAUUCGAAGCUCGAAAGACAUCUAUAAUACUGCCAUCAUCUGUGGUCGGCCUAGAUCACCAUUCUCUCUGCUUCAGCCUUUUCUUCCAACAUCGCAAACGGUGUUCCGCGUUGCUUUUGUUCUUCUUCUAUAUCGCGCUCGGGGAGGCAGAUUUUCAUUUUCAAACAAUAUUGAUACCACAGAAGCCUGGGUCAAGGCAUAUUUGCAUCGAGCAAAACAAAAUCAUGAGGAUUGCAUGGCAUUUGCAGAGCCGUUGCAUUUUAUUUAGGGAACCCUUCUGGGAUGACAGGCGGGGAUGGAGCAAUGCGUUCUUGCUGUAACUUACAGGGCGACGUAGAUAUUUCUGGUUGUUUUUAGCCCGGUCAGAAGCGACUGGGCCGGUGCAUGAAGUUGAAUCUUUAUGGGGCUUAAAUGCCGAAGACUGCAUCC